GUAGGUUGAUUUUCUUUUUCUCCUUUCUCACAGAUGCUUGUCGCCAACAUUGACUUAGGCCCUACUAUUUUGGACAUUGCUGGCUAUAACCUGAAUAAGACGCAGAUGGAUGGGAUGUCCUUAUUGCCCAUUUUGACAGGGGCCAGUAACUUGACCUGGAGAUCAGAUGUCCUGGUGGAGUACCAAGGAGAAGGCCGUAACGUCACCGACCCAACGUGUCCCUCCCUAAGUCCUGGAGUUUCUCAAUGUUUCCCAGACUGUGUGUGUGAAGAUGCCUACAACAACACCUAUGCCUGUGUGAGGACCAUGUCGGCACUGUGGAACCUGCAGUACUGCGAGUUUGACGACCAGGAGGUGUUUGUGGAAGUUUAUAAUCUGACUGCAGACCCCGACCAGAUCACUAACAUCGCUAAAAGCAUUGACCCAGAGCUCUUAGGAAAGAUGAACUACCGCUUGAUGAUGCUACAGUCCUGCUCCGGGCCAACCUGUCGUACUCCAGGAGUUUUUGACCCUGAGUACAGGUUUGACCCUCGUCUCAUGUUCAGCCAUCACGACAGCAUCAGAACUAGAAGGUUUUCAAAACAUCUCCUGUAGCGACUGCAGCCGGCCUCUGCCGUGGGACCCUGCACCCUUCUCUCUGGAGUGGCUGUAGUAGAUGUCUAACUAGUCAAGACCAUGCCUGGAAGAGUUCCUGAACUGCCUUUGUUUCAAGUCCUGUUGGAAAAAACAACCCAAUCAGCUGACUUCCUUGUGUAACCUGUGAAACUGUGAACUCUGCCCACCCUCUUCCCUUAGCUGACGGACCCUCCUGGGGCUUUGUUCUCACCAUAUCCUUUCUGUACUGGGACCUCCGUUCUUGAGUGUUCCCUGUGUGGUCAGAGUCUGAAUUUAUAAAUCCAUUCAGAUAAAUGGCAAUACUUAAGGGGGUGGGGGAGGGUUGGGAAGGAAGUUUUUGUAACAUAGCUGGACCCAAAGCCAAAAGAUCCGUAUAACAUUUCAUAUUGAGCACCUCACUAUAAAAAUCCCUAACAUUACAUGGCUUGGACAGUAACCGUGAGGGCAGAAGCAUCAGGACACUUUCCCAUAGUUUUGAUAAGCAGAGAUAUUGUGCAGCAGAUCCAUCACAGUGUGAUACUGUCAUCAACUCCAGUCCACCACGCCUUGUUUGUUGCAGUCACUUGGUUUUGGGUUGGUUUUGUUUGGGGCGGGGAGAAAGUGUGCAGUCUAUCUGGACUGAGCUGGAACCUGCAGUGUGUACAGUAGACCUGGAUUCCAGGAAGCUCUCGGAGGUGACCGUCUCCUACUUAGCAGCUGCUGACCACAUGGAACGCCAGUUAACAUGAGCAGUACUGACGGAAGCCCUCUCCUCCCUGGGCUUUACUCGCCGAGAUCUGAAAAAUAAAGUGGCUUAGGUGUAUUUACUGAAAGAAACACUGCCAAAGGUUGGUGAAAGCUGUGUUUGAGAGUAUUGCAUAGCUAGACUCAGGUUGACAGGUGGGAAGGAAGCCCCGGCCAGGGGGGCCCUCAGCGUCCGGCUGGUGCACUCAGGCAUUCUGCCUGCAUUUUGCUGUCACUCUGUUCACUUGUUCUGAGAUGAAAGACAGUCUUAGUUUAUGCAAAGUUCAAACAACUAACCACUGCCUGUUUGCCCCCAAGGAGAUUGUUUUUCUGAGUUUUCUGUUUUGAUUAGGACCUUAGUGACUGUUCCUCCUGUCAAAUAUCUGUUUAGGUUCCCCACUUCUUUAAAACAUCUACAUUUUUGUUGGCUUGAAGACCACUUUUAUUUCUGUUUGCUUCACAAGAGGGGUGAUUGGUGGUGGGAUAGCAGAGGUAAACAGAGAUGUAGAUCGCAACCUGUUCAACCCAGGCAGGAAGUAACUGUAGCUUUAUCUCUGAUUUUGUCAAGCUUUAAGCACUUUGUAAGACAAGGCCAUAGUAACUUUAUCAGAAUUUUAGACAGCCAUGUUAGGUUACUGGUCAUUGAAUUCAUUCCAUUACCUCAGAUGAUCCCAGCAAUUGAGGUGUUAUCCAGAGAUGAAAGGCCAGUGAAAUGAACACCUCUGCUAUGUGGGUGUUAAGAGAAAUUCUAAAAAUUAUGUAACUGCAAUGUUGGGUAUCACAUUUAUUUUCCAUUUUGAUAACUUCAUCAGUCAACUUCCACAACAAUGAAAGUUGACCAGUUAUUCCCAAAUAAAAAGCAAGCAACUCUUACCAGGUACUGGGCUGUGAUGUCAUAUUACUCAGUUUCAUGGUGCCAGUUCUGGAACGCAGGUAAAGUCAGCCAAAGUAGCUGCUGGCGGGAGCUUGGCCAGGUUGCUCUGCAUUCAGCAGACGUGGGGGUGGCAGGGCUAUGGCAAAGCCGCUUCCAGACCACUUCAUUUUUGGUACAUUUCCUACCUAAUCUUUGAAUAAAGAAAUCUGUUUGUAAACUACAAAAUGCAUUGUUUUCAGGAUGCUUAUGUACAGGAACACAAAUGCAAGAGGCUGUCUUGUUUUCUUUCAUACUGGUUGGGAUUUUCAUUAUUUUCCCUUUUAAGAAAGUCCAGUCCAUGCCUAUCAGUGCCCUUACUAAAGAGAACUCACAAGAAAACCGUUAGGAACAAACAGCGACCUUAGCAAUGAACUGAGAUUUUUGCCUUAUAGGAUUUCCUAUGAAGCUUUCCUACACAAACUCAAAAACGGGAACAAUCUUUAAGAGCAUCUUUGAAUUUUACAAACGGUGCUGCUGUCAACACAUUUUAAUGGACAACUUUAAGGUUUUUGUACAAAAUACUAAUGCUAGUCAUAGCAGCUAUGACUUCCAUGAGACAUGUUCUUGCAUUUUUUUUAAUGCCCAAAUUAAUGCUUUAAGAAGCUAAGCUGUUCCACAAUCGUUACUAAGAAAUUCAGGCUGACCUAUCAGUUUGUGUCACUCUGUUCCUGGAGGUUACUCUGCCCUCGGCUCCAUCUCACUUAGAAAGUGCCCUUCCAAGGACCCUGUUCACUGCUGCACUUUUCAAUGGAUUAAAAAUAAUUUCUGUUCUAGUA